GCGCUCACAAUCACUCCCAACACCAAGGCGCCGGCGAAUAUUCCUCCCAAGACGGACAAGCGUCGCCCGCAUGUUUGCGGCACUUGCCAGCGCUCGUUCGCCCGAUUGGAACAUCUCAAGCGACACGAGCGCUCCCACACCAAGGAGAAACCCUUCGAGUGUCCCGAAUGCUCACGAUGCUUCGCCCGUAGCGAUCUGCUACUGCGCCACCGGCAGAAGCUGCACCAGACCUCGAUCCCCUCGUCACGUCCCCGAAAUCGUCGCGGCUCUGCCAGCGGCGUCGCACCCGGCCAG